AUGUUGGGUGCCUCUUCGAUGCAAGGCCGGAGAUACCAUCGAAAGUCCCGAAAUGGCUGUAUGCAGUGUAAGAAGCGCAAAGUCAAGUGUGACGAGAGGAAGCCGAAAUGCCAGAAGUGCGAGGUAUACGGGGUCCCCUGUACAUACGCAACGGGGGAUAGCACCAAGACCACAAGCUCUCCGGAACCUUCGAGCGAGGGCUGGGCGCAAAAGGCCCCCGAAGGUGUUUCAGAGAUCGAAUCCGACUGUAGAUCUACCAUACCGGGCAGCUUACCUCUGUUUACCCUGGAGCUUCUGCACCAUUGGACAACAGAAACCUCCCAGACACUUUCCGCCGAGCCAGAGGUGCAACUGAUGUGGCGAGAGCAGGCUCCAAAGGUAGGGUUUACCACGCCCUUUGUUAUGCAUUCGAUUCUCGCAGUCGCAGCAUUGCACCUCUAUCGUCUCUGUCCCGUGCACCGCAAACAGGAGUGCCUUGAUCAAGCUCAUGCCCACCAUAUGGCGGCUAUGCAAGCCGUCGCGCCUAACAUCAGCAAUCUAAUGGAAGAACAAGGAGCAGCGGUCAUCUUGUUCUCAUGGCUGACCUGUGUCUAUUCAUGCGGCCGCCCACAUACCCAAAACGAUACUCUGAUACUUGGAGAAAGCGGCACCCCUGAGUGGUUGACAUUCCUUCGCGGAAACAAGGUGGUCUUGGAGUCCAGUAGGGACAUGUUUCGACGUGGAGUUCUUGCACCUGUCUUCAAUAAUGGGGCUCGACAUUCGUACGUACGACGGAAUACCCCAGCUAUUGGUGGAGAGCAGUAUGUAUGGCGGGUGAGAGACUUUAUCAUGGAGCAUGUCUCCGACAGUGCGGAUCGGGAGAUGUACAUUGAGGCUGUGGAUUCACUUUCCCAGUCGUAUGCUUUCCUUAUGACCGACGUAUCACGCGCGGCAGACACCACCGUGGUCAUGCCCUGGUUGUUUGAGGCUCCUGACCAGUUCAUGGAUUGUUUACAGCGGAGAUCGCCACCCGCCUUGAUCAUAUUCGCCUAUUUCUGUGUUCUGGUGAAGAAGCUCGACUGGAUGUGGUGGUUGGAAGGACUCAGUGACAAGUUCAUGGCCGAGAUCUUCAACGCACUCCAUCCAGAAUACCAAGAGUGGUUAAGAUGGCCAAGUGAGGCAAUUGGAUGGACUUGUUUUGAUGUCUUGGUAUGA